AUGAUUAAUGAUUUUAAUUUCAAUUUAAUAAUACAUUAAAUAUNGGUGAAUCAUAUGCAGGUACUUUAAAUUUAAUAAUAUUUAGGAAUAUAUAUUCCAUAUACAGCUAAAGAAAUAGUAGAAGGAAAUAAAUCAUCAGUAUUAAAAAUACCUUUAGAAAGUAUCUUAAUUGGAAAUGGGUUAUUGA